GAGCUUGACACUGCAGCUGCUCAUGGCAAUGAAGCGACCGGCAGCCGGCGCCCGGAAGCGCCCCGCGGCGGCCGCUGCGCCUGCGCCUGCGCCGCGUGCGGGCAGCCGAAACCGCCUCUGCGCGGCCGAAGGGUGCAAGUUCAACCCGCAGCGCUCGGGGCAGCGCGCUGAGGUCCUGCAAGGCAAAGACUUUGACCGGUGCAUCGUCUGUGGCCCCGACGCUUUCCGGGAGGCCGCUUCCACGGGCAAGGGCGGUGGAGUCAUUGCCCGCUUCCUCAACAAGCUGGCGAAGGCGGACCCAGGCGCCUUUGAGGAAGCCGUUGUCAAGCUGAAGGCGGAACACCCCCUGGAGACAGUCCAAAAGUACGAGAAGCAGGCGCGCCGGAAGGCGCGGGAGGCUGCGGGCAGAGAGGCUGAGGCAGCGUGCGCCCCGCGCCACCGCCUGUGCGCGGGGCAAGGCUGCAAGUUCAAUGUGGCCUGCCUGGGCGAGCGCGCGGAGGUGCCGCGGAACACUGACUUCCGCCUCUGCGUGAUCUGUGGCCCUGACGCUUUCCGGGAGGCCGCGAAGGGGCAGGGAGCGGCAAGGUUCCUGAACAAGCUUGCCAAACUUGACCUUGGCGUGUUCGAGGAGGCGGCCGCAAAGCUGAAGGCGCAGCACUCGGAGGAUGUGGUUGGCUGGCUUGUGGAGCGGGCUCGGCGCAAGGCACAGCCUGCGGCGCCAGGGCGCAAGCUGGAGACAGACUGGCAGCAGCUGCUGCUCUGGCGGCAGCGCGGCUUCCGCCGCACCGCAGCCCAGAAGGCUGCGUUUGCGAAGGCUGCCAAGAAUGGCAAGAGAAGGCUGGCCCGCAAGUUCCCUGCGGUGUACGGUGUGGCCUCGCGGCCAGACACGGCCUGGGCGACAACGCGAGCCCAGCGCUUCCGCGCUUGGUGUCUCUCGAAGUCCUGGCGGAUGUGCGGCCAAUGCGGCCGAAUGGUUGCGCAGCCCUUCAAAGCGCAGCACGCUGCGGGCCGGGAUCGGGCGCCGGCUGAGACGGCGGCCUGCCAACAUUGCAAGUCGGAGGGCCGGCAAGGGUACUGGUCGCCGCUCCCGCAGGAUGUGCGCCGACUGCGGCGGCGGCCCGGCGCGGCUGCGGGGCAAGGCGGCGACUCGGAGGAGGACGGCGAGGAGGGCGGCGAGGAGGCGCCGGUAGAAGGCAGCCGCCAGAGUGCCAAGGCCAGCUUCUUGGCAAAGAUCCGCAGCGCCCUUGUCGGCUACUCCGAAGAGCCGCUGCUGCUGCAGUUUGUGUGGGAUCUGUGGAUGUGGUCCGGCAUCGGGGGUGCGCGGAACGCGUCUGGGCUGCGGGUCCGCGAGGCGCUUGCCUCAAAGCCUUACUCGCCUGAGAUCUGGAAGGCGAACCACAUGGCCUUGGUGGACCUGCAGAAGCAGAUUGGGUGGCCGGCCCUCUUCAUCACGAUCAGCCCAUAUGAGUACUCCUUCCCGUACCAUGAGUGGCUGACGGAUGAGCUCGAGAAAGCCUGCGCCCAGCGGCUCCACGCCCCAGCAGCAGAGACCUUGCACAUUGCGCAUGUGCUGUCACAGGCCGUCGCCGGGCUUCUGGCUGGCGCCAACGACGGUAUCGAAGCCAAGGCGGAGCAUGUCUUCGCUGCCGCCGACCCGGAGCAGCUUGCCGCCGGCAACAACCCGGUCAGAAAGAUCAGCGUGCCGCUGCCGUGGCGCGACCGGGGCGGCCUGCCGCUGCCCAAGUGGCUCGCCAACUACAUGACCUGCACCUGGCGGGCGCCGGCGAUGACCUGCCUUGAGUUCUUGCGCAAGGCUGGCCCCGACGGGCAGAUCCAGCAGCGCUACCGCCGCAUCCACAAGCACCUGCGCGUCGAGGCCCCGCUUGAAGAGUGGAUCAAUGUCUGCGCCGAGUCGGGGGAGGUGCUGGUGUCGCCCGUCUUCUACACGCGCCUGGGCGACGAGUACUGCGGGCAGUGGCUGUUGCUCAACGUCCCCUUCUUGGCGCUGGAUGACCUGUGGCUCCGCCGCGCGCUGCGCGUGCCGGAGCGGCUGCGGUUCCUGGCGCUGUGCCUGCUGCACAAGCCUGCCUACUGGCGCAGCCCGGCCCGCGUUCGCGCCGACCUGGAGCUGGAGGCCCGGGCCGAGACCUACAUCCGGAACGCGCUGGACAUGCUGGCGGCCAGGAUCGAGCUUGUGGACGCCUACUUGCUUGGGGAGCUGCGUGUGGAGGACGACCGUGUGCCCGACGCGGCCGCGGCCGCUGAUGGCUUCCUGGACCCGGCGCAGCUGGCGCCCGAGCAGGAGCUGGCCCGGCGCAACGUGGUUGCCGCGGCUGCCGCGGCGGUUGCGGCCAAGUGGCCCGACGACGGCGCCGACCCGGCUGCCUGGGAGCCCUGGCUGGCGGCGCAGGGCGGCCGCGCCAACCGCGUCUUCGCGGUUCUCGGGCCCGCCGGCAGCGGCAAGACGAGCGCAGUGGAGCUCGCGAUCGCGCAGGCGGUCCAAGCCGGGGCGCAUGUUGGCGUGGCCUGCCCAACUGGCAUGCUGGCUGCGCGCUACCGGCGCCGCUUCCCCGACCUGGAUGUGGAUACGAUCCACGGGAUGUUCUCCCUCUUCAAGGCGGAGCUGCAAACGCUGGAGAUGAUGCUCGUCUACGACCUGGUCGUCAUCGACGAGGUGGGCCAGGUUCCGCUCUGGAUCUUCGAGCGGUUGCUGCGCCUCUGGGACGCCGCUGGCCGGCGCCCAGCUCUGGUCUUUGUCGGGGACUUCGCCCAGCUCCGCGGCGCUGACGGGACCUGCGCGAAGCAGAGCGCGCGGUGGCGCGAGGUGGUUGUCUACCCCCUCACCCGGAUGCGGCGCUGCCAGUGCCCUGCGCUCCGCUGGAAGCUCGAGCUGCUGCGCGGCGCCACGCCUUCCGGGACGCAGCUCAAAGACAUCCUGCGGGGCCACCGCGCCCCGAGCGGCCUUGCGGCGGAGAACCAGGCCAACCCGACCUUGAACGAUGUCCGCCAGAUUCUGCGGGAGACGCCCAACACCCUGAUGCUGACAAUUACGCGCCGCGGCGCGGACAAGCUCAACCGCCUGGCCAUUGAGGCCUUGUUCGGCGACUCCCCCGCGCUGCAGUGGCUGCCCUGCGACCCCGACGCGAACCUGGCCAACUUCCACGGGUCCUGGCAGCUGGGCGCGGAGCCGGCGUGGCUGCCGCUCCACCACGGCGCGCGGGUGACGCUCACGCGCAACUUGGACAAGGCCAACUCCUUCGUGAAUGGGAUGAUGGCCACUGUUCGCGGGGCGCGGCAGAACGGGGUGGAAGUGUUGACGGACUCGGGGGUUGUCCUGCUGAUCCACCCCUACACCCAGGACUUUGAGUUGGCGGACGGUCAAGUUGCUCGCAGCACCUUCCACCCGCUGCGCGCGGGCUACGCGACCACGCUGAUGAAGAUCCAGGGCGCGACUGUGGACCAUGCAACCAUCUGGCUGGACGCGGUCUACGUCCAGGCGGCGGCCUACGUGGCCAUCAGCCGCGUCCGCAGGGAUGCGGAUUGGCGCUUUGUGGGCGCGGUCACCCGGCGCCACUGCGUGCCAGCCCAGGUGUGA